UCGGGCUCGGGCUCGGUCCCUCGUGCUGGCAGCUGAACGAGCAGGCUGCUCUCGUGUCUCUUCACUCUCUUCAACAAUUCCACACUCACACGAAUAUUCUUUUAAAAGUUCAUUUUUGCCUCUAACUCAGUAGCUUCAGCUCAGACCUGCCCACAGAGGCACUGUUUACAUGGUUUUCUGACUGGCACGUAGCGUAUUAGCCACACCGCCGUAGUACACCCAGUCUGUCUGUCAGUUUAUCCUGAAUAAUAAUAAUAACAUUAACCGUCACAACAGACACUCUGACAGUGAAACAGCUGAACGACCGACAUGACAGAAGAACUGGAGCAACUUCUCCUGCAGCUGACACAGCCCGACAAUGCUGUCAUCCACCAGGCCACAGCUCGGCUGAAAGAGGCUUUCAAAGACCCAGCCAUUAUUCCAGCGCUAUGUGCUGUGAUGACUGGCUCCCAAAAUCCUCAGGUCCGUCAGUCGGCUGCAGUGAUACUGAGGAUGAGAGUGAAGAAACAGUGGAGUAAAAUCAUCCCUAAUGACAGAGAAAGCCUUAAAGCGGUGGUGUUGCAGGCCUUCAUGCAGGAAACUGAGCACACGGUGCAACACUCGCUCUCCCAGCUGUGCGCAGUGAUGGUCAAACAUGAGACACCCGACCGCUGGCCUGCUCUUCUGCAAUUCCUCAAUGAAUCCACCCAGAGCAGCAACCCUCAUGAAAGACAGGUUGGCUUCCUGCUGCUGAACAAGGUGAUGGAUUCUAACCCUGAGCCUUUCAAGCCUCAUUACUGCCAGCUGCUGCAGCGUUUCGGCGCUGUCCUUCAGGACCACAACAACCCAACAGCACUGUACUACUGCAUCCUCACCCUCACAGCCAUCACUGCGUACACUGGCACAGAGGAGAUGAACCUGAUGCGUUCUAUCAUUCCAAGUCUGAUCGUCGCACUUAAACACCUCAUCAAGUCGGAUCAGGACAAAGCCAGUGAGGCAAUGGAGGUGUUUAAUGAGCUCAUGGAGAGUGAGGUGUCUAUCAUCGUCCCCCAUAUCGCUGACAUUGUCCGCUUCUUUUUGGAGGUGGGCGGUGACACCACACUGAGUGACUCUCUGAGGGUGAAAGCACUCUCUUGUAUCACCUUCUUAAUCAAGUUGAAGAGCAAGGCGGUGCUGAAGCAGAAGCUGCUGAACCCCAUCCUGCAGGCCAUAUUCCCCAUACUCGUCGCAGCUCCCCCGCCUGGUGAGCACGACCCAGAGGAUGAUGAGGAUGAUGAUGGAGAUGGCACAGACAAUGACAAUCCCAAACAGUGUGCUGCACAGAUAAUUGAUACUAUGGCUCUCCACAUGCCUCCAGAGAAACUGUUCCAACAACUGAUGCCCUUCACUCAGACCUGUCUUGCCAGUGAAAACCCUUAUCAGAGGAAGGGGGGUCUCUUGUGUCUUGCUGUCCUGGCUGAAGGAUGCGCUGACCACAUACGCACCAAGAUGUUGUCACCAAUGCUGCAGGCAGUAUGCCAGAGUCUCUCUGACAGCAAUCAAGUGGUACGGUGUGCCGGCCUUUUUGCCCUCGGACAAUUUUCUGAACAUUUACAGCCUGAAGUGAGUAAGUACUGUUCAGAGUUGAUGCCUUUGCUGUUGGGAUACCUUUCAUCCUUGAACCACGCCAAGGUCGGCCAUGUCACCAAGGCCUUUUAUGCCCUAGAGAACUUCAUGGAGAACCUAGGGUCAGACAUUGAACCAUACCUGCCUACCCUAAUGGAAACCAUGUUGUCUGCCCUCAACAACACUGACAACCUGAAGAUAAGGGAACUCGCUGUGUCUGCCAUAGGUGCCAUAGCCAAUGCUGCCAAAGAGCUGCUGGUUCCUUAUUUCCCUCCGGUUAUUGAAAACCUUAAAGGCUUCCUGACCGCUACCACAGAAGAAAUGAGGUCCCUACAAACUCAGUCCCUUGAUACACUCUCUGUUCUGGCUCGUACUAUUGGCAAAGACGUCUUUAGUCCUCUGGCAGCAGAGUGUGUUCAGCUGGGGCUCAAUCUCACUGACACUAUUGAUGACCCGGACCUGAGACGCUGCACAUACUGUCUAUAUUCUGCCGUAUCUACAGUCAGCCCUGAAUGCCUGACUCCUCACCUUACCCCCAUUACAACAGUCAUGCUGCUCGCCCUGAAGUCUAAUGAAGGCAUCACGGCACACCUGGAGGAGGACAAGACGUUUGUGCUGCUGGAUGACGACAAUGACGACGAGAAAGAGGGCGAAACGGAUGUCGAUGUCGAUUUUACAGAAGAAGGGACUGAGGCAGACGUCCACGACGUUGCAGGGUUCAGCAUUGAGAAUGCUUACAUCAAUGAAAAGGAAGACGCCUGUGAUGCACUGGGAGAAAUCGCCUUGAACACUGGCGUUGCCUUUCAAGAAUUCCUGGAGUCCAGCUUCCAGCAGGUUUACGAGAUGAGAGAUUUUCCUCACGAGGAUGUUCGAAGGGCAGCAUUUGGAGCCAUGGGCCAGUUCUGUCGAGCUCAGCACAAAGUGUGGAAGGAGAAUCCGACUGAGACCAACCACCAGGUCCUGCUGAAGUUGCUGGAAGUGGUCAUCCCGUGCUUCUUGGAGAAAGUUCGAACAGAGCCUGAGCGGCAGGUGGCGAUGGCCAUCCUGGAAACCAUGAACAGUGUCAUCAUGUCCUGCAAGGAUCAAGUUUUCAAAAACCCUUCACGCUUAAAGGAGGUCAGCCACGUCAUCCGAGAUGUGCUCAAAAAGAAGACUGUUUGUCAGGAUGGUGGUGGUGAUGACGCGGAUGAUGAAGAACAACAGGCGGAGUAUGAUGCCAUGCUCCAGGAGUUUGCUGGGGAGGGAAUCCCCCUGGUGGCCGCCUCUGUCCCUGCAGACAGCUUUGCUCCUUUCCUCAAUGACCUGCUGCCUCUAAUCAUGAGUAAAGCUAAAUCCUCAUGCACAAUAGCCGAACGCUCCUUCUCUGUCGGUACGAUUGGAGAAAUACUGCAAGCUCUCGUGGACGUAUCCGGAGGCAGACGUCUGGCGGGACGUUUGUCCAAUCGUCUGCUUCCUGUGCUGGUAGCUGGAGUGAGGGACAGUGAUUCUGAGGUCCGCAACAACAGCGUGUUUGGACUGGGAUGUCUGGCCCAGGCAGCUGGACCCAUCGUUGUAUCAGACUAUCCUAUGAUGCUGUCUGUGUUUUCCAACAUGCUGGUCAAAGAGUCAGACCUCAGAGUGAUUGACAACCUGUGUGCUGCCCUCUGCAGGAUGAUCAUGAGCAAUAUAGAUGCCGUUCCUCUGGAGCAGGUUGUGCCUGCUCUGGUGGCUCGUCUUCCUCUUAAAGAGGACUUGGAAGAGAACAAGACGGUGUUCAACUGCCUGACAAUGCUCUACACACACAGUCCAGCUCUGACAGUGAAGCUAAUGAAGCCGAUAGUUGCUGCAUCCAGUCAUGUCCUGGGACACAAGGACGUCGAACAAGAAACCCAAAACACCGCGGCCAUGCUGGUGAGAGAGUUCGCUCAGCGCCACUCGGCUGAAUUCCAGUCGGCCGUGAUGUCACUGGCUGGAGAGCAGCAGGCCAAACUCAGCUCAGUUAUAGCCGCCUCAUAGCCAACAAUUACACACUUACUGAAUGCAGAAGGUGGAAAGUGGGACUGUUAUUGGUAAUUGUACCAUAAAACGUAGGGGUGGGGUAGAAAAAACAAAACAUUCUUGACGCAAAAACGUCAGAAAUUAGAAAAUCAACAUCUCAGUCGUCAUGAAUUGCCUCACACACUCACUCAUGCUGAUGCCAUGGAAGAGUCUUAGGUUUUUAUCAACAUUUAUUUAGAGGGCUCACAGAAGAACACAGACAUAGCAGAGCAGUAAAUAUUGUUAAAAUAUUCUGUCAAAUCACCUUGAGGACUUGAGAAUCAUCUCAGCCAGAAAUGGCAUUGUUCUCAAUAUUUUCGUAAAGAAAAAGAGUAAAUAGAGUUUAAUUUUACGAGUUUCUGUCAAAAUCACCUGGAGGAUUUGCAGAGAAUCAGAUCGCUGCACCUCUUUCUAAGUAAAUAAUUUUUUUGUUGUAACUACUGUUAGACUGAAUGAAAUCUGUAUUAAACACUACUGUUAGAGGCUC